GGUUCAUGUUUGUAUUUGGUGCCUCUUCUGUGACAUGUCUCCAUGCUCUAAGGUUCAAAAAGCUCUUUAUCUUUCUCAUACUGCCUGUGCUGCAGCACCCCUUUUCACCCUCUGUCUGAAACCAGAGUCCAGUCUGCUCUGAUUGGUUGGCUGGUCGGCUCUGUUCUGAUUGUUCAACAGCUAAGAGAUGUCCCGCCCCUUAGCCUGUCACGUACAAUGUGUUUGAGCUAGCCAAGUGUUACAUAGUGAUGUCACGUAACAGAAGUAAACAAAGGAUUCCAAUGGAGGCGUUUCAUGCAGGAGGGGGUGGGGGGAACGUUGGGAUUUUAGCCUUUGCAGACCAUUUACAUGCACCGCUUAUAUGUCUCGCCCCUUAUCCUAUCCCAGAUCAUUUGAUGGAGCGCUAGCAACUAGAGGCGCCAUUGUUACAAAGGGAUGUCACUAUGUUACGGACGGUAAGCAAAAAGGAGUCCAAUGGAGGCGUUUCAGACGGGGGAUGAGUGUGUGGGAGAGAAACUCACUCUGGAGGGAACUUUAGCCUUGGCAGACCCUUUACAUGCACUAAAACCUAUAUAACAAAAACCCACCAAAGCAGAAUAGACCCCUUUAAGACUUUUAUUAAAUAAUCCGGUUACCUGAAUCUUUAACAUGCCCAAAACUAACAGCAAAUGUACCUUUUGUUUCAUGGUUUAAUAACACAUGUAAACCACCAUGUGUAUUUGAAUGUCUACAGACAGAUUUAUUCAGGACACACAUGCACUUCCAUCACUUCACUGCCAUCGUUUGGUUAGGAAGGUUUGCUUCAGAGCCCCGCAGCACCCCAAGUGGUCCAUUCUCAUUAUAAUGUGCUGUGGUGUGUGAGCAGCAUCUCACUCUGCCGCUCACCUGCAGGAGGGAGAGAUCUCCGAGACUCCUGCACAACAUGAUGGUCUGAUCUGAGCCUCUUCAUCAUCAUCACCAUCAUCUCUCUGUGAGGGGAUGAGUUCAGUCAUUACCUGAUCUUUUACAGGUCUCGGAAAUCUCUCCAUGAGACAUGGUGCUGCCUGAAAAAACCUCCAAACCAUGUGCCCCCAAGAAGACCCCCAGGCGGCGCGCCCUGCUGCAGCAGAGCCUGCCCUCCCCGGCGCUGUGCUGCGCCUGCGGCCUGUGCAUCAUGCUGGCCGGCAUCAACAUCACCCUGGUGGGAGCCUUCGCCUUCAGCACCUUCAUCCCUUCAGGAAACCCCCCAAUCAUCAUCGGACCUCUGCUUUUAUUGAUAGCCCUGGCAUUUUUCACAGGGUGCUGUGUGGGCAGCAGGAGGCCCCCGGCAAACAUGACCCGCAAGGCUAAAGGAGUCGAGAAGUGGGGGCUGAUGAGGAUGGGGACGGCAGCGUUUGAGAUGGAGACGAGCGAGCACACGCUGCAGGACACCACGGCCGUCCAGCUCAGCCCCACCAACUCCCCCAGCUCCUCUCAAAAGUCCAGCUGCAGCCGCGGGGGAGACGCCGCUCUGCCCUGCUGUCAGGAUGGAGCCGGUGAGCUACAUAUGUCCGAGAUGUCAGACCAGGGUGUCACUGGAGAUGAGGGCACCUUGACCUCUGACAGGAAGCUCAGCACUCCCACACAGUUGCUGCAGAACACUUCCUCUACAUAGCCUGGACUUUCUUCGGAGCAUUGAUGUUUGCUUCUUUUAUUUUUUGCUGUUUCCAGGAUGGAAACGUCUGGUUUGGUGGCCGCACUACAGAAAAAAAGACCCUGAUGAAUGUCCAAGGCUCUCAGGCUGCAGAGUAAAAUAUGAUGUGCUAAACCUCUCUGAUUGUAGCUUAUGUGAUGUGUUCCAGUUUGUUGUUGAAUGUUUAUUGCUAAAUCCCAGGAUGUACUUUGCCAGGAAACAAAAGAUGAUACCUUAAUCCAAGUGCCUGUUUGUGUACUUCUCUUAUAAAACACCCAGUGGAUCGACUGCGGUUAGAAAAGGCCCGGCCAAGCGUCUCUGAGUCAUGAAAGCUGUUCCUGUGUAAGACUGGUAAAUAACCAGCCACCAUGUUUUUUCACACACUUUAAGAGAAGUGUUAUCAUUUAUGUUUUUUAAUGCUUGCAUCUGCUGCUAUAAGUGAGUAAUCUGUGUUGGGUAUUCAAGAACAAAUUAUUACAUGUGAUGUCGUUGUUACUGCAGACGUCAAUACAUGUUUGCUUUGCUGCUUCUUUCUUUUUUAUAAAUAAAGCUGAAAUGUUAUUUGAUCAUCA